CGAACGCGUAAGUUCAACACCUUAAUGUUGGAUUAUUUUUUGGUUGUGUAUUUUUACUGUGAAUAAAAGCAAUACCGUUUUUUGUGUUUUCACUGUGGCUUGAAUCCCAAUUAUGUGAGAGCGAAAGCAAGAAAGAAAGAGAGUUAAUGUGCAUACGUGCGAUCGAGAAGUAGUAGCAGUAUGAGCAGAAAAAAUUAAAACCCUGCCAAUCCAGUUUAUUUAUCUGUUUUUCAAAAAUUGUUAGUGAUAAAAGCUUAAGUGACUUCUAUAGUUAUUUCCAAAUAUAUAGUGGAAAAACAAAACUAGAAAAGUAAUGAUAAAUGUGUAUAUAACAUGCCGUACAGGACAAAAGGAUCACUUAAGAGACACUUGUGGAUUACUCAAUACCCAAACCGUUAUUUGAAAAUAGAGGCCAAAACCAAUGGAUUACGACGUGGCCACUAAAUACUAAUGUGGAAUAUUAUUUUUUUAAUAUUGAUAAAUUUUUGAACAUAUUACAUAUGUAUAUAUAUCACAUCUUUAGUGAUUUUCGAACUCACACUGCGUUUUAUAUUAUAUAAUUCAUUGAUACCUGUGCAAAUGGUUCAGAUCAGAUCAGAAUAGCAUAUAGGUGCCAUACAAACCGACCGGUCAAAAUUGAGAUAAAAAUCUUUGUAUAACCUUUUAUGUUAAAAGAAAUGCACCUGUGAAAGGUAUUAUAACUUCGAUGCAGCCUAAGUUAUCUCUUUUUCUUGCUUUAUACCAUAAUAUAUGCAAUAAUAAAUUUAAUAUCAAAUUUCAAAACGAAAUUUGUUUGGUGUCAAAUGAGUGACACAAAUGUGCAUUUAAUGGAUAAUACUACAUCUAGCAUACCCUAUACUUUCGACACAUAUUAGUAAAUAUGUCUUCUUGAAUAAAUAAUUCAUAUAAUUUUGCGUUAAAGUUAGAAAACCCGUGCGAACAUGCACAAAUAAUAUUUUCAAAAAUAGAACACUUUCAAAUCACACAUAAAGUGAUCAACCAAUAGGAAGAAAGAAUUAGCACUUUUACGAAAUCGUUCAGCUAAAUAUUGGUACAAUGUUCUAACAGAAAUUAACAGGAAUCCAUUUUAUCAAAUGAACAUGUUAAUUUCAUGGUUUUCGAAAUGAAAAAAUUUAAUUUAAAAAUUUAUUCAGUAGCAUCAGGAAGUAUACGAAAGAAAAUUCGUACAUAUUAAUACAUAUGCAUAUACACAUACAAACUCAUAUUCACACACGAAGCGCAAGGUGAAAGAGCACGAUAGAAAUAGCAAUAUUUCUACACAUUUACAUGUCCAUGCGUACGCAUAGGUGUCUCGCACUGGCCAAUGUGGUGGCGACCAGCGACCAGCUAUUAUCUGCCGAAUAGUUUUCACACGGUGUCGUUCGUGCGCUGGCAUGCAAACAUAUGGAAAACGAUUUCGAAAUUUCAAAAUAUUACCGAUUUUUUAAGGCGAUGUACUACAUUGAAAUACUCUCUGCAAGAGAAUUUUAUUUUAGCCACUUUAUAUUUUCUUGUUUAGAGCUCAAGACAUUUUCGCGUUUUCCAAUUCAUUGUGAUCUUGCAACUCGGACGUUUUAGACCAUCUCCUUUUGUGCGGAUGCUGUUAGAAAGCGAUUAAUUUAAUUGAAUUUCUGAUUUCUUAUUCGUUCUUUUUUUUCAAAACGAACAGCCGACAAACGGUUCCCAAGAUUUGUUUCGUAAAUUACGAACAUUUUUAAGAACAAUUGAAAGCAAUUUUUAUUCAAAAGUGAGAUUAAAUUUUUGAAUAGCUUUUGCCAAAGCGCGAAGGAAGCAUUUGGGCUGAGACGACGCGAAACAUUUCAAUCUUUUGAAAAGGAAGACUUGGCAAGAACUUCGACUUUUGCACUCAAGCCCCGACUCUCAUUCGAGUUACAAUAAUAUAUAUUUAAUUAACGUUUUCUGUUAAGAAAAAAGCGAAUCUUUAACCAAGAUGCCGAAGCCAAUUGCUAGCCAAGAGGAUGAGGAUCCAACCCCAUACCUGUUCGUGUCUUUGGAACAAAGACGUAUCGAUCAAUCGAAACCCUAUGACUCCAAGAAGAAUUGCUGGGUGCCCGAUGAGAAGGAGGGUUAUCUUCUUGGUGAAAUUAAGGCCACCAAGGGUGACAUCGUCUCUGUGGGCCUGCCUGGCGGCGAGACCAAGGAUUUUAAAGCCGAUAAGGUCGAAAAAACGAAUCCUCCGAAAUUCGAAAAAAUUGAAGAUAUGGCCGAUAUGACUGUGCUCAAUACACCCUGUGUCUUGCACAAUUUGCGACAACGUUACUACGCUAAACUGAUUUACACCUACUCCGGUCUUUUCUGCGUUGCCAUCAAUCCUUACAAGCGUUACCCCGUAUAUACCAACCGUUGCGCUAAGAUGUAUCGUGGCAAGCGCCGUAAUGAAGUGCCACCACAUAUUUUCGCCAUUUCUGAUGGUGCCUACGUCGACAUGUUGACCAACCACGUCAAUCAAUCUAUGUUGAUUACUGGUGAGUCUGGUGCUGGUAAGACUGAAAACACGAAGAAAGUAAUUGCGUACUUCGCCACUGUCGGUGCCUCAACAAAGAAGGAUGAAUCGCAAAAGAACAAAGGUUCCCUGGAAGAUCAGGUCGUACAAACUAACCCUGUACUUGAAGCUUUCGGUAACGCUAAGACCGUGCGUAACGAUAACUCUUCUCGUUUCGGUAAAUUUAUCCGUAUUCACUUCGGCCCAAGCGGUAAACUGGCUGGUGCUGAUAUUGAGACUUAUUUGCUGGAGAAAGCUCGUGUAAUCUCUCAGCAAUCUUUGGAACGUUCAUACCACAUCUUCUACCAGAUUAUGUCUGGCUCCGUUCCCGGAGUUAAAGAAUAUUGUAUACUAUAUUAUAAUAUUACCGAUUACAGUAUUGUAUCGCAAGGAAAAACAACCAUACCCAACGUUGACGAUGGUGAAGAGUAUCAAAUUGUUGACCAAGCCUUCGAUAUCUUGGGUUUCACCGCUCAAGAGAAACAGGAUGUCUACAAGAUCACCGCCGCUGUCAUGCACAUGGGUGGCAUGAAGUUCAAGCAACGUGGUCGCGAAGAGCAAGCUGAACAAGAUGGUGAAGAAGAAGGUGGUCGUGUGGCUAAAUUGUUCGGUUGUGACACCGCUGAACUUUACAAGAACUUGUUGAAGCCCCGCAUUAAGGUCGGUAACGAAUUCGUUACCCAAGGUCGUAACGUGCAACAGGUCACCAACUCCAUUGGUGCUCUCUGCAAGGGUGUAUUUGAUCGUCUCUUCAAAUGGCUGGUCAAGAAGUGUAACGAAACUCUGGAUACUCAGCAAAAACGUCAGCACUUUAUUGGAGUACUGGAUAUUGCUGGUUUUGAAAUUUUCGACUACAAUGGCUUUGAACAAUUGUGUAUCAAUUUCACCAAUGAGAAAUUACAACAAUUCUUCAAUCAUCACAUGUUCGUUUUGGAACAAGAAGAGUACAAGAGAGAAGGCAUUGAUUGGGCGUUCAUCGAUUUCGGCAUGGAUUUGCUGGCAUGUAUUGAGAUGAUUGAAAAGCCUAUGGGUAUCUUAUCCAUCCUUGAAGAAGAGUCUAUGUUUCCCAAGGCUACCGAUCAAACAUUCGCCGAAAAAUUAGUUAACACUCACUUGGGCAAAUCGGCACCAUUCCAGAAGCCGAAACCUCCAAAGCCUGGACAACAAGCUGCCCACUUUGCUAUUGGCCAUUAUGCUGGUGUUGUCGCUUAUAACAUCACUGGUUGGUUGGAAAAGAACAAGGAUCCAUUGAACGAUACUGUGGUCGAUCAGUUCAAGAAAUCACAAAACAAGCUGUUGAUCGAAAUAUUCGCCGAUCAUGCAGGUCAAUCUGGUGGCGCUGAACAAUCAAAGGGUGGUCGUGGUAAGAAGGGUGGAGGCUUUGCUACUGUCUCUUCGGCCUACAAGGAACAGUUGAACAGCUUGAUGACCACUUUGCGUUCAACACAACCUCACUUCGUGCGUUGUAUCAUUCCUAAUGAAAUGAAACAACCUGGUCUUGUAGAUGCUCACUUGGUUAUGCACCAAUUGACAUGUAACGGUGUACUUGAAGGUAUCCGUAUUUGCCGUAAAGGUUUCCCCAACAGAAUGGUGUACUCUGAUUUCAAGCAGCGCUACAAGAUCAUGUGCCCGAAACUUUUGGUUGGCGUAGAGAAAGAUAAGAAGGCCACUGAAAUCAUUGUUAAACACAUUGACUUGCCAGAAGAUCAAUAUCGCCUGGGUAACACCAAGGUGUUCUUCCGAGCUGGUGUCCUGGGUCAGAUGGAAGAAUUUCGUGAUGAGCGUCUCGGCAAAAUCAUGUCAUGGAUGCAAGGAUGGGCUCGUGGUUACUUGGCCCGUAGGAACUUCAAGAAAUUGCAAGAACAACGCUUGGCCCUCAAAGUUGUACAACGCAACUUGCGCAAAUACCUUCAACUCCGCACCUGGCCAUGGUACAAAUUGUGGCAGAAGAUCAAGCCUCUCCUCAACGUUUCUCGCGUUGAGGAUGAGAUUGCUCGUCUAGAAGAGAAGGCUAAGAAGGCAGAGGAAUUGCAUGCUGCUGAAGUGAAAGUACGCAAGGAAUUGGAAGCCCUCAAUGCUAAGCUGUUGGCUGAAAAGAGCCUUUUAGAUUCGUUGUCUGGUGAGAAGGGUCAAUUGCAGGACUUCCAGGAGAGAAACGCUAAAUUGACUGCCCAAAAGAACGAUCUCGAGAACCAAUUGCGUGAUAUACAAGAUCGUUUGAGCCAAGAAGAGGAUGCCCGUAACCAAUUGUUCCAACAGAAGAAAAAGGCUGAUCAAGAAAUUUCUGGCUUAAAGAAGGACAUUGAAAGAUCUCGAUUGAGCGUUCAGAAGGCCGAACAAGAUAAGGCUACUAAGGAUCACCAAAUCCGUAACUUGAACGAUGAAAGCCACCAAGAUGAACUCAUCAAUAAGUUGAACAAGGAGAAGAAGAUGCAGGGUGAGACAAACCAGAAAACUGGUGAGGAGCUCCAAGCUGCCGAAGACAAAAUCAACCACUAAAAAGUUAAGGCUAAACUCGAACAGACUCUUGGAUUGGAAGAUUCAUUGGAACGUGAGAAGAAACUACGAGGAGAUGUUGAAAAGGCCAAACGCAAGGUUGAGGGAGAUUUGAAACUUACCCAGGAGCCGUAUCUGAUUUGGAACGCAACAAGAGGAACUAAACAGACCAUACAACGCAAGGACAAAGAGUUGUCUUCAAUUACUGCCAAAUUGGAAGAUGAACAGGUCGGUGUUGGUAAACACCAACGUCAAAUCAAGGAGUUGCAAGCCCGUAUCGAAGAAUUGGAGGAAGAAGUUGAAGCUGAACGUCAAGCCCGCGCUAAGGCUGAGAAACAACGCGCUGAUUUGGCUCGUGAAUUAGAGGAAUUGGGAGAGCGCUUAGAAGAAGCCGGUGGUGCCACAUCAGCGCAAAUUGAACUCAAUAAGAAACGUGAGGCCGAACUCAGCAAAUUGCGUCGUGAUUUGGAAGAAGCCAACAUUCAGCAUGAGUCCACUUUGGCCAACUUGCGGAAGAAGCACAACGAUGCUGUCGCUGAAAUGGCCGAACAAGUUGAUCAGCUUAACAAACUGAAGGCUAAGGCUGAAAAGGAGAAGAACGAAUACUACGCUCAAUUGAACGACCUCCGCGCUGGUGUCGACCACCUUACCAACGAGAAGGCUGCCAAGAAAAGAUUGCUAAGCAAUUACAACACACUGAAUGAAGUUCAAGGUAAGUGGACGAAAACCAACCGCACCCUCAACGAUUUCGACGCCUCCAAGAAGAAGCUGUCGAUCGAAAACUCCGAUCUGUUGCGUCAACUGGAAGAAGCAGAAUCACAGGUGUCGCAAUUGUCCAAGAUCAAGAUCUCCUUGACCACUCAAUUGGAAGAUACUAAGCGUUUAGCUGACGAAGAAUCUCGCGAACGUGCCACUCUGGGCAAGUUCCGCAACUUGGAACACGACCUGGACAAUCUGCGUGAGCAGGUAGAAGAGGAAGCCGAAGGCAAAGCUGAUUUGCAAGCGUCACUCAGCAAAGCCAACGCUGAGGCUCAAGUAUGGCGUAGCAAGUACGAAUCGGAUGGUGUUGCUCGUUCUGAAGAAUUGAGAAGCCAAGAGAAAUUGCAGGCUCGAUUGGCUGAGGCUGAAACCAUUGAAUCUCUCACAAAAUGCAUUGGUCUCGAAAAGACUAAGCAACGUCUGGCUACUGAAGUAGAGAGAUUUGCAUUGGAAGUAGAUCGUGCCAACGCCAUGCUACAAUGCUGCCGAAAAGAACAGAAGGCCUUUGAUAAGAUCAUUGGCGAUGAACUUAAGGUUGAUGACUGGCUGCUGAACUGGAUGCUCACAAAGGAAUGCCGCAACUAUUCCACCGAAUUGUUCCGUCUCCAGGGUGCCUACGAAGGACAGGAACAGUUAGAAGCCGUGCGUCGCAAAGAAUCUGCUGAUGAAGUUAAGGAUCUACUAGACCAAAUCGGUGAAGGUGGCCGUAACAUUCACGAAAUCGAGAAGGCAAACGCUGGAAGCUGAAAGGAUGAGCUUCAAGCUGCACUCGAGGCUGAGGCCGCCCUGGAACAAGAAAACAAGGUAUUGCGCGCAUUGGAAUUAUCUCAGGUUCGUCAAGAGAUCGACCGCCGUAUUCAAGAGAAGGAAGAAGAAAUUCCGAAAAAUCAUCAACGCGCUCUCGAUUCCAUGCAGCCUCUCUUGAAGCCGAAGCAAGGGCAAGGCUGAGCGCUGCGCAUGAAGAAGAAAUUGGAAGCCGAUAUCAAUGAGCUGGAAAUUGCCCUGGAUCAUGCUAACAAAGCUAACGCCGAGGCCCAGAAGAACAUCAAACGUUACCAACAACAGCUUAAAGAUAUCCAAACCGCCCUUGAAAAGAACAGAGAGCCCGCGAUGACGCUCCGCGAGCAAUUGGUAUCCGAACGCCGUGCCAAUGCCCUCCAGAACGAACUCGAGAAUCCGCACUUUGCUGAGCAAGCCGAUCGUGGUCGUCGCCAAGCCGAACAGAAUUGGCUGAUGCCCACGACAACUCAAUGAAGUUUCCGCCCAAAUGCUUCUAUCUCAGCGGCCAAGAGGAUGGAAUCUGAACUACAAACUCACUCCGAUUUGGACGAAUUGUUAAAUGAAGCGAAAACCGAAGAGAAAGCCAAGAAGGCUAUGGUUGACGCUGGCCUUGCUGAUGAGCUCCGCGCUGGCAUCAUGCCCAGACCCGAGAAACUGCGCAAGGCCUUGGGCACAAAUUAAGGAAUUGCAGUCCGUUUGGAUGAGGCUGCUAACGCACUGAAGGGUGAGAAGGCUAUCCAAAAGGUGGAACAACGCGUCCGCGAGUUAGAGAACGAAUUGGAUGGUGAACAGAGGAGACAUGCGUGACCAAAAAAUCUACGCAAAUCUGAACGUCGUAUUAAGGAAUUGUGCUUCCAAUCUGAGGAAGAUCGUAAAAAUCACGAACGUAUGCAAGACUUGGUUGAUAAACUGCAACAAAAGAUCAAGACCUACAAGAGGCACAUCGAGGAAGCCGAAGAAAUUGCUGCCUUACAGGCCAAAUUCGGAAGGCACAUGCAAGAACUUGAAGAAGCUGAGGAGCGCGCUGACUUGGCCGAACAGGCUAUCAGCAAAUUCCGCGCUAAAGGACGUGCAGGCUCAGUUGGACCGUGGUGCCAGCCCAGCGAAUUGGAAUGCGACAUAGCCAAUGAUCCAGCGAUAAAGUGGUGAUGUGAUCAAACACAA